AUGGCAGUCGUUCUCGUUACCGGUGCGAAUCGCGGCAUCGGCCUCGCCAUCGCCCAAAGCAUCACGGCGCGCCUCCCCAACGACACCGUCAUCCUGGGCUGCCGCACGCUCCAGUCCGGACAGGACGCCAUCGAGAGAUUGCAGGCUGGCGGCAUUGGUCUCAAGUUAGACGUAGUCGAAAUCGACAUUGAGAGUGACUCGUCCAUUGCGACGGCCGUGGCGGCAAUCGAACGCAAAUACGGCAGGCUCGAUGUGCUCGUCAACAACGCUAUUAAGCUUGACGUCUCGACGGCGGAGGGCGACCUCCCCUCCGCGAGGGCUGUGUCCAACGCGUGCUUCAACAACGGCAUCACAUCCAACGCCAUUGUCACGCGCGCCUUCACCCCGCUCCUGCGCAAGAGCGCGAACCCGCGCGUCGUCAUGGUUUCCAGCACAAGGGGCAGCAUGGGCCGCACAGCCUCCAGGCAGCUCCCUCCCGUCGCGGUCGUCGACUACUGCAUCGUCAAGGCUGGACUCAACAUGCUCACGCUGCACCUGCAGGCCGCCGAGGAUAACGACGACGACCACGACGGGGAGACGAGAAUCACCUUUUGGGCCGUCAGCCCUGGCCACUGCAAGACGGGUUUCAACGGCUUCAGGGGCACCAAGGAUCCCCUUGACGGGGCGGAGGUCGUGCUAAGGUUGCUAGAAUCGCAGGCGGGCGAGAUUCCAGGGGGCACGUUCUGGGAGUAUGAGGGCGGCGAGUUUCGUAUGCCACCUUGGUAA